AAAAGGCCCCGUCCCCCACCCCCACCAAGACCCCCUGCCCCAGCGAGAAGAUCAGUUAAAUUGAAACAGCGCACCACCCGUCGAUACAGACCACUUGACCUCGAUGACGAAUCGAUGUCUUCUCCGGACGACUCAGCAAAAACUGAGCGUUCGAUGUCGGAUGCAUUCGAGCAUGUAGAAGUAGACUUGGUGUCGGAUAUGAGCCUCGCGAUGGAUCGAAUCACAAACAAUCAGACUUCAACUACAGAACAACCAACACAGCCAGACUUGCUGGACUUUAACCAAGAUGUGUUAGAAAUCACCAAUCCAGCGCAAAGUGAAAUCAACUCAACCAAACCAAGUCCAAAACCGCAGAGAAAUCCAUCUUUAAUCCGGAGGUCCGCUCAUGUUAUUGCCCGUCCAUCACUGAAGAUCAAACCAAAACUUGAUGAUGUUUAUUCUUCCGAGGACCUUACCCCUUCACCCUCUGACACAUUGGAUGGUGGUAUUUUAAUUGGAGAAGAAUUGACCAAUCAGAAGCCAGAGUUGAUUAAAUUGACCAAUCAGAAGCAAGAACCCUCAGUUGUGGAUUUUAACUUAGGAACAACCAAUGAAAAAUUAAAAGCAGCUAACACCACGUCUGCAUCUGCUGAUCUUUUUGGUUUAGAUUUAUUUUCUUCAAACCAACCGACCCCUAUGAACUCAAACAGCAAUAACUGGGUUCAAUUCCAUGACGGCAACCCAGCUGUGCCACAGAACACAACAGCUUCUAUUAAGCCACAAAAAGCUGCACCCUCUUCCAUAACAAACAGUACAUCUGUGGACAAGUUGCUCGACAUGCACACGGCGCACGCCGCUCCCCACAAACUAAGCCCAGAGAAAUUAAACCCUUUUCUCGUUAGCAACCCUAGUAUUCAGCAACCCCUAACCUCAAGUAACUUUCAAUCCCCAGCGUUUCAACAAAACCCGUUUUACGCAAAUAGAUUCUCACAGUAUAGUAAUAUGUCCACUACACAGUCAGUAUAUAACCCUAACCCUAUUAAUAACUCUACCACACCAUUCCCCACAAAUGUGAACCCAAAACCCGCUUUUAACUGGAACAGGGAUCGGCCAGUUAGCAAAUCCUUGAUUCAGAACAGGCCUGCCCAAAAUGGGAACCUUCAGAGGGCAAGUACAGUACAGCCAAGAAGGGCGAACAAAAAAGGAGAAAAUGAGUUGUUUGCUGACGUGUUAGGAGCUUGGAAAGCUAGAGAAGGAUUAUAAACAGUGUGGGACAUCUAUGGAAAAGCAAGCGCAGUAAUAUCUCGCUAAAAUCAAUAAAUUAGUUUUUCAAAAUAUUUUGGUGGGGAAAUAUGGGACACCGUUUCAUUCUAUUUUCUCAUAUCAUUUUGUUGUAUGCAAAGAACAUUCAAAGAUUUCUCACGACUUUCAUAAACGGUUGUUAAUUGUUUAAAACAUGACCAGGAUAUUUGGAUAUUAUGUGCUAAUAGUGUCCCAUCUUCCCCCACCCAACUAUAUAUAAUUUACAAACGCCAAAAUAUUAAGACGGUAAAUUACCCCUAAAAAUUUUAGAUUUUUUAUCGCUGGAUAAAAAUUAUCCCUAAAAUCCUUACUCAACAUUCCAAAAUGUUAAGUGCAUUUUACCUUUCUAUAUUCUCCUUAUAACCAGCAAUUGAUAGCACAAGUUGCUAUGCUUAAUUCUAAAUGACAUUUACUCAUUUCUUUCUUUCUCUAUUAUUCUUUUUACAUUUUAAUUUAUUUUUUUCAUCGUAUUAACUGAAAAAUUGAAAUUACAUGCAUUUAUGUAUCUCGUUCAAAUGUGUGCAAUGUAGAAGAUUAAAACACUAAAGUAUAGGGUGACUAACCUAAAACUAAGUUUUUCAAUUUGUAGCAGUGCAAUUAAUCGUAUUUACAUAAAAAACAGCACAUAUUUGUGAGUUCAUUGUGCUAUAAAACACACAAAACAUUUUCUGCACUUUUUGAGAAGUUUCUUUUUCUCAUUGUCAUUCAAAGAAGAAAAACUAUCAUCUGCACUUGGGUUGUUAACUUGUGAAAAACACAAUAAAUGCAAACAUCGUUUUA